GUGCCAAAGAUUCCCUCUCUGUAAAAGGCACCACAAUUUUUCGCUUUCCAUAAAAAAAAAAAAAAAAUUUGGAAGAGCUUAUAUUCACUGCUUCUCUUUCUCACACGUCCUCGCCUCCUUUUCAUAGCUCACUUGAACGCAGCCUUCUCUCGCAGUUGUCUGGAGUCCAAGGGAAAAAACCACAGUAAUGGGAGAAGAGAAGAAGCCUCAACCAGUUGGUGUUUGGCCUACCGUUAAGCCUUUCGUUAAUGGUGGUGCCUCAGGCAUGCUUGCCACCUGUGUCAUUCAGCCCAUAGAUAUGAUUAAGGUGAGGAUUCAAUUAGGUCAAGGUUCAGCGGGUCAGGUGACAAAGACCAUGCUAAAGGAGGAGGGUGUUGGUGCCUUCUACAAGGGCCUAUCUGCUGGACUACUCAGGCAAGCUACAUAUACAACUGCCCGACUUGGAUCAUUCAAGAUUUUGACCAACAAAGCAAUUGAAGCCAAUGAUGGGAAGCCUCUUCCUCUAUAUCAGAAGGCUUUGUGUGGGUUGACAGCUGGUGCUAUUGGAGCGUCUGUUGGCAGUCCAGCAGAUCUAGCACUUAUCCGUAUGCAGGCUGAUGCCACUUUGCCUGCUGCUCAGCGCCGAAAUUACACAAAUGCCUUCCAUGCCCUUUACCGAAUUGUUGCAGAUGAAGGAGUUUUGGCACUCUGGAAAGGUGCAGGCCCUACUGUUGUGAGGGCAAUGGCAUUGAACAUGGGGAUGCUUGCUUCUUAUGAUCAAAGUGUGGAGUUUUUCAGGGAUUCCCUUGGUUUUGGUGAAGCUGCUACAGUGCUAGGUGCAAGUUCUGUUUCAGGGUUCUUUGCUUCAGCAUGCAGUCUUCCUUUUGAUUAUGUUAAAACUCAAAUUCAGAAAAUGCAACCUGAUGCUGAGGGAAAGUAUCCCUACACUGGUUCUUUAGACUGUACCAUGAAGACUCUUAAGUCAGGAGGACCAUUCAAAUUCUACACAGGAUUCCCUGUAUAUUGUGUUAGAAUUGCUCCACAUGUCAUGAUGACCUGGAUUUUCCUGAACCAGAUCCAAAAGCUGCAGAAAUCUGCGGGGUUGUAGACUUUAGCGGAGGAGAUUUCAAUUGACUGUAGCUAUUAAAUAAUGAUACUUGUUGCCUGUGUUGUAAUUUUUGUCUGGUCUUGGUGGUUGUUAACAACCCUCACACAUCCCACCAAUUUAUUUUGAAAUUUUUACAGUGAAUUGAGGUAGGAUCUCCAAAAUUUGAUUGAACUGUUUAUCUUUAGGGCAGUGGCAGAUUUUGGACUUUGUUUUUUAGUUCAAGAAGAGUUUCUCAUUGAAAGGUCCUUUUGAAGAGAACAUUGAAAGCUAAAUAACUUGUGUACUUGGAUGAUAGAAAGGGUAUAUUAAAUUCUGUUGUUCCUGAAA